AUGGCCAAAGCCGUGGCCGAUACCGACUCCCAGAGCAACCAGGGAGGUUUCGCGUACGACGGCAGCCGCAUCACCGGAUUCUCCAGUCUGCAUGAUUCGGGAACCGGUGGUCAACCCUCUCUCGGAAACUAUCCUCUGUUCCCCUACGUAAAAUGUCGCGACGACGAUGUCAAUGGCUGCGUGUACCCCAAGAAACAGCGAAAGACGACUUACGCUUCCGAUUCGGUCAAAGCAAGCCCGGGUUACUUCGGACUUACGAUGGAGUCGGGUAUCCAUGUAGACAUGACGGUGGCUCACCACACGUCCCUCGUUCGGUUCCAGUUCCCUACGGAUGAUAAAUCGAGUCCAUUGAUCCUUCUGGACCUCACCGAUCUAUCAGACACACGUCAGGACAAUGGGACUGUCUCCGUCGACCCCAUGACAGGGCGCAUGACUGGACAUGCUCGCUUUCAACCGAGCUUUGGUAGCGGCACAUACGUUCCCUAUUUUUGCGUCGACUUUGACAGUGCGGCGAAGGUGCGCGACCACGGUAUUUUCAUCAAUUCGCGGGCAAGCACCGAUGUGAAUCACCUCGACAUCUCGCGAAGCAUUAACGGGUACCCACUUCCGGGCGGUGCAUUUGUUCGUUUUGAAUCAGCCCCGAACAUCACGGUGCAGGCGCGAACCGGUCUCAGUUUCAUCAGCAGCGAUCAGGCAUGUCGAAGCGCCGAAGCCGAAAUCCCCAACUUUGACUUUGAGGCUACUCAUUCUGCGGCAGUCGAGCUGUGGACGGAGAAGAUGGCCCCAAUCCGCGUGUCAAAAGAGGGCGUUAACUCGUCGGUCUUGACCAAUUUCUACAGUGGUAUUUAUCGUACUAUGAUCAAUCCGCAGGAUUAUACCGGGGAAAACCCUCUGUGGAAGAGCACGGAGCCGUACUUUGAUUCAUUCUACUGCCUCUGGGAUUCUUUCCGGUCCCAAUUGCCUUUUUUGACUAUCUUUGAUCCGGCGUCUUUGGCCCGAAUGAUCCGCUCGUUGAUCGAUACUCAACAGAACUUGGGAUGGCUUCCUGAUUGCCGCAUGUCUCUCUGCAAGGGUUUGUGUCCAAUCCAACUUCGGUAUGGCAGUGACUAA